AUGCCAACCACAAGGCGCUCGAAGCGCGCGCGGGCUGAUACGACUAGCGAUACCGUCAGUACGCAAUCUUCUGGUGUUGAGGCGGGCAGCCAGUCGACCGCCGUCUCGACACGCAAGACGACGCGGAUCACACUGGAGAGCGCCAACCAGCCUUCGACAACCGCAUCCGAAAUUAUCAAUCCCACCGAUUCGCAGGCGAAUGCGCGACCGAAACGAAUACGUGUGAUGACGAAGAAAGCGGCAUCCGUAAAGACGGCGGCGCCCGCGAAGAAGGCUGCACCGAAGCGCCCCGCCACGGAGAUCGUGCCCACGAAGAAAGCGCCUCCCAGCCGUAUUGUCGUUCGAAAGCCGACCAACCCCCCGUUCGAAAUACCCCAGUCGGAAUAUAUUGUCGAUAGCGAUGUCGAAGAGCUGCAAUUACCAGCCCCGGGGCGGGCACAACAGCCAGGCGGACCCAGGAUUGUGAUCCGGGAGUCAACCGUGAUUCCCGAGUCGCAUACCAGUAUGUAUAGCGAAGCUGGUAAUCCUUUUGACGACGACGAUGUCGUCGUUACUAGUGCCCAGUCGAUACCGCCCCGGUCGACACCCAAAUCGACACCCAAACGCCCGUUGAAACGAAUAAGCGAGCCUCCCCCCCCUCCUCUACCGCCAAAGGCCGUCUUUGUCAAGAUCCAGCGGGAUGUCAAGUGGUUCCGUAACCAAUAUCUUGCAACAUUCAAGAUCCCGCCGCCAGUCCCCUCGCGAUACCUUUGUCGGAAAGCGAUUCCCGUUGAUGUAACUGCGGCGAGUGUCGACGAGCCGUUUGAUGGGUUCAGCCUUCAACAGGCGGUUGGGCACAGUUACGCAAAUUUGAUAGAUGAUGUACCACUGCUGGUUCAGAAGGCUGGAUUGGAGGGCUCAGUCGCCCUUAUAUCCUGUCAAGUCCACCUCAGUAAACAGGCUAGCCAGCGCAAGAAUCAAGACAUUACGAUAUUUAAUGUGGCGCCUCGGUCGCCUUCGUCUGUUGGCUACAUCGAUUUUGACUCGCUCAUGACCCAGAUGGUAGAGGCAGGGGGUACCGAGUUUGAACUAACUCUGGAGUUCGAAUUUGAACUUGCGGCGCCAUCCAACAACGACGAUAUAGUUGUCGGCGCCGCGCCUUCGCCGAUUUAUGGCAUCUCAACGCCAACGCCGUCCGCGUUUCGAACCCCCAGUUUUCGAUCAGGGCGCCCGGGUACGCAGAUGCCCAGAGCCGCAUCCGCGGCGCUGACUCCCAACAGAGGCACCUCAAAGGCGCCAUCCACGCGCAAAAGCACCAGCAAUACGAUGUUGGCGGACCUGCUCAAGCGACACGAAGCUGAUAUCGAGAUGAGCCGCGAACAAGGAGCCAAGUUGACACGGCUUCUAUACGUGGACCUCCACAACCGCUGGAAGUGUGGCCUCGGCGUCAACUGCAAGAACUACCGCAACGGCAUGGCGAAUAUCUGCUGCUGGCGUGACCAGGGCGACAAGAAGCAUCACCAACUUACGAAUGCCGAACUCUCGAUGUGGGUAGUAGCGAUUCGAGAAGGGAGGACUACAAUAGAGAACCCGCCUGUCGCAUUCCACAGGAAAUGGCGCCAGGAGGCGGAUCAGGAACGACAACAACAACAAGAAACCUCAAAUUCAGGGGUGGGUCAGCCGUUCAACUACACCUCCUGUAUCAGUAUGGGGCGCCAACAACACGCCUUACCCGCUACCGACGGGCACUAUGAGUACCUCGUCAUGCCAUUCGGAUUGACCAACGCGCCGGCGACAUUUCAAGCCGCUAUCGAACACGCAAUUCGGCAUUGCCUCGAUAAAUUCGCAGUCUGUUAUUUGGAUGACAUUCUCAUCUACUCCAAGACACUCGAAGAACACAAAGAACACGUGCGGCAGGUGCUGGAUGCACUGCACGAGCACAAGUUGUCAGUCAACAAGGACAAGAGCGAGUUUCAUGUCAAAAAGACAGUGUUUCUGGGUUACGAGAUCUCCCCAGGAUGGGUCAAGAUCGAACCCGAGAAACUGGAAGCUGUCAGGACGUGGCCAACACCAACAAACGCCACCGAGGAUACCACAUUCCAAUGGAAGCAGGAGCACGAGCAGGCUUUUCAACAGAUCCGCGAUGCGAUUAUCGCCGAUCCAGUACUCAUGCUGUCUGAUCCGAGCAAGCCUUUCGAAGUCGAAGCUGACGCUUCGGACUUCGCGAUCGGAGGACAACUUGGUCAAAAGGACAAGGACGGCAAGCUGCACCUAGUUGCGUUCUUCUCCAAGAAGCUCGAGGGGCCAAGACUCAACUACCCGAUCCACGACAAGGAGCUUCUCGCAAUCAUCGAAGCAUUUCAGGAGUGGAGACCAUACCUCAGCGGCACAACACACGAAGUUCAGGUGUACACGGACCACAAAAACCUACGGUACUUCACCACCACGAAGGUAUUGAAUGGACGACAAACUCGGUGGGCAGAAUUCCUGUCCGAAUUUAAUUUCACGAUCCACUACAAGAAAGGCUCGGAAAAUGCACGAGCGGACGCCUUGAGUAGGAGAGCGGAUCACCACGACAACACGUCUGAAGCCUCAUCACCAUUGCUACAUCAGCAGACAGACGGAUCGCUACGGCACGCUUCCCAACCGACUGAAGACUACGAGAUCGCAGCACUUCAGCAGCAGUCGGAAGAUCCCGAAGCCAGGCCUCUACAACCGUUUGUAGAAUGCUGUGCGGUCUUCAGGGAGCAGAGAUUGGAACGAGAUUUCCAAGGGACCAUCGCGGACGACGAGCGCGAUGCAUGGCAAGAAGAGCCAGAAUCCAAGAUCGCAGCAUUGCGACUUGAAGGAACGAGACUCUGGUACCACGACAAGGCCUACGUCAGGCCCAGCGACCAAAAGGAGCUCAUUCGAAAGAUCCACGAGUCAAAACUCGGAGGGCACAUGGGAAUCGGCAAAACAAUUGCGAAAGUCAAGCAGAAUUACGACUUCCCAGGAAUCAAGCAAGCGACAGAAGAAGUCCUGGCAGAGUACGGCCACACAAGCCUGGUGGACAGACUCACCAAGUGGAGCUACUUCCUUCCCUACAAAGAGUCAUGGUCAGCAGAACAACUCGCAGACGUGAUCUAUCGCAACGAUGAUUGGGUUGAGCUGUUGCCAACGGCGCAACUCGCCUACAACACCACCGUCACGGAAACCACGAGGGUCACGCCAUUCUUCGCGAAUUACGGCUACGAAGCAGAUUUGCGACAAGGGCCCGACGUUUCGGUGCCCAGAGCGGCAGUCAAGGCCGACAAAAUGAGCUCGCUGCAUGCGAUGCUCAAAGAAGAACUCGAGUUCGUACGAACCAGGAUGAAGAAGUUCUACGACAGAAACAGGCUCGAGGGACCUCGCCUAGAAGAGGGGGGCAAAGUUUAUCUCACUUCUCGGAAUCUUCGCACGAAGCGACCAAACAGGAAGCUCGACUUUCGCAAAAUCGGACCAUUCAAAAUCGACAAAAAGAUUUCGGAGAAUAACUACGCGCUUGCGCUACCCUCAACAAUGCGACUACGGACCAAUGUCUUCCACAUCUCGCUUCUGGAACCAGCGCCCAAUAACGCACGACUCGACAAGGACGCCGAGGCGGAAGAUGAGGAGGAACUCUGGGACGUUGAAGAAAUCUUGGAUUCACGCAUCACGAAAGGACGAAUCGAGUAUUUGGUCAAAUGGGCAGGAUUCGGCCCCGAAGACAAUUCAUGGCAACCCGCUAUGAACUUCAACUGCCCCAAGGAGUUGGAGGACUUCCACCGGAGAAACCCGGAUCGGCCACAGGGGGACCAAGCGACAGGUCGCCCCCGGCGGAAGAAUCGUUCAAAGAAAAACUAG